ACCAAUACUUCAAAUUCAAUCCCAGAAAGGUGUAAAAUAUGGGCCCUUUAAAUGGCUCAUUUGCAAAAAUCCUCUAUUUUGUUCAAUUUUUACAGAAACAGCAGUAGUAUCACCAACUUCCAGAUUAAAGCUAAAAAUAUAAAUUACUUAAAGCAGUGGGUCAUAUUAUUUGUUUAUUUGUUUAUAAGUUAAAUUAAAAAUGCUACGUGCAUAACAAACAUAGACCAUGGCCCUGCAGUCAUUAUGGUUGUGAUGAAUAGUGGAAAUGACCAUGAAAUUGACAUUGAUAAUAUAUUUCUUGCCACAAAUUAUAAUCUAACUUUUCAGUUGGAAUACCUCACACCUGUUUCCUUGUGACAAACUGAAUCAUGUUAUUAUAGCUUAUACACUUUGAAACAGGGGGUCAUUUUAAUCCAAUUGCAUUUGGACUUUUGAGUUAAGAUACUUUUCAGAAAAUGAGCAUGAACUUUUAAAACUUCUAUCACACUUGCAGAGAAACACAACAAACUAAAACCAUCUGUUUUCAAUUUCAGGGAGUAGGUCAUGCUUUUACAUUUUUUUGUAUUCUCUAGGAAACUGAUCAUGGACACAAUCCUCCCUGUUACUGCUUUCAGUGGCAAUGUGACUCCAACUAUAAACCAUGAAUCAGGCCCAACAUCCUCCACUGAAUACUAUUACUACGAAAUUGAGGACCAUAGGUGUGUGUACGACCAUCAUGGAGCCAAAUACCUUCCUGUCCUCUACAGCAUUUUCUUCCUCCUGGGCCUUCUCGGAAACUCUCUGGUCAUCUGGGUCACCAUCUGCGGGGUGCGUCUCCGCAGUAUGACCGACGUGUGCCUCCUGAACUUGGCCAUCGCUGACCUGCUGUUGGUGUGCUCUCUUCCCUUCCUCGCCCACCAGGCCCGCGACCAGUGGCUGUUCGGAGAUAUUAUGUGCAAAGUGAUCCUGGGCAUUUAUCAUAUUGUUUUUUACUGUGGGAUCUUCUUCAUCUGCCUGAUGAGCAUUGACCGGUACUUGGCCAUAGUUCACGCUGUUUACGCCAUAAGAGCACGGACGCGGUCAUUCGGACUGGCUACAGCUGCUGUUACAUGGGUGGCUGGAUUUCUGGCUUCAUUCCCUGAUCUGAUCUUUGUCAAACUGCACUCUGAUGCUAACAUGACGCAGUUCUGUUAUCCUGCGUAUCCUUCAUCUGAUUCGAGCGACACCAGUUUCUCUAACCCCCACUUCUGGGGGGUCUUUAGCCUUUUCAAAAGGAACAUUUUGGGUCUGCUCAUCCCAGCUCUCAUCAUGGGGUUCUGCUACUCUCAGAUUGUGUGGAGGCUGCUGUACUGCCCGUCGUCAAAGAAACAGGCCAUCCGGUUAGUUCUCGCAGUGGUGGUGGCUUUCCUCUGCUGCUGGCUCCCCUAUAACGUUGCAUCGUUCUUCAAAGCACUGGAGCUCCUGGAUGUCUACACAACAUGUGGACGCAGCAAAGCCAUCAGGUUGACUUUAGAAGUCACAGAGGCCAUUGCCUACGCUCACAGCUGCCUCAACCCCAUCCUGUACGUGUUUGUCGGGGAGAAGUUCAGGAGGCACCUGGUGAGGCUGAUAAACAGGUCUCCCUGCAGACUGUGUCAGGUGAUCAAGGUCCACAUCCCUCAGGACAGAAGCGGCUCAAUGUACUCACAAGCCACCAGUGUGGACGAGAGGAGCACCGCUGUGUAAAGUAAACGUCAGGCCACACUGUUGCGUUGUCAUUUAUACGUCAUUUAGAUUCAGGUCAAUGUGUUUUAUUUAGUCAGUGGUGUAUAGGAAUAAAAGAAAGCACAUAUGACUUUGUAUGAUUUUUAAAUCUUAUGGUCAAAAUUGUGAUUUUUUAACUAUAAAAAUAUAUUUCUUUACCAUAUACACAUUUCAAUAUUUCCCUACAUACACAUUUUGAUAUUCUUUCUAUAUACACUUUUUUCUUUUUUUUUAAAAUAAAUUCUGUGGACUAUGUAAGAUUGAAUAUAUAAUGUAAAUAGUUAAUUCCUCAGCAGGGCAUAUAUGUUGCAAGCCAACAUGUGACUUACACUUGUCCAUCUUGGAAGCUUGAGCAAAAGUCUUCAUGCAUCCUGAAGCAUUUUCAGUUUUGCAGUUUUGACUAUAGCAGCACCACUAUGUAAAAUGGAGAACAGUAGGCUUGAAAAGUAGCUUUUUAAACAUCAUCUGUUUAGAACAUUUUGCACGACAUGUUUGCGAUAUUUUUAAGUGAGAUGUUAACAGAUUGUAUCUGCACCUGCAAGUCAGACGUACUGUAUUUUUGAAUACAAAUGUCUUUUCCCUUGUAAUCACAUACUAUUAGCUGAAGCCCCAGUGACCUCAUUUAAUCAUGAGUGGCGCAAAACAACAACAACGGUGUUAUCUAGAUUCUGUCCACCACACGUGGUUAGGUUCUAAAAAGUAAAAAACGUUUUAUUUUCAGAGAUGUCACACAUGCCUCCGUUUUCUUGGAAUCAAACCGUUUGACAGCUCAAAAAGCUUCCUGGUGCAUCUGGCUACAUUUGCAUUGCAAGUUUCACAGCAUCUGCAGCAGAAAGUUUGCCCUUAACCCCAGAAAAAACCACACCGUCAAAGGGAAAGUAUGUCAACAAGCUGUCAUUUUAACAUGUCUAGCUUCUGUGCAUCCGAGCAUUUUAUCGUAACAUUUUGAAUAUUUCUACAAUGUGCAUUUCAACUAAUUUCAGUAUAAUGGAGAGUGAAAUUACUUUAUAUAAUAAAUCCUUAUAUCAAUAAAUUGUACUAUAUAUAUAUAUGUGUAUUCUAUCCAAACUAUUCAAUAAUAUUCACAUUAUUUGACCAUUACUUGGCAGAUAUUUUGAAACUAUAUCACCCAAAUGAUCUAAAACUCAAUACAAUUCCAUUAUCAGUCUUUUCUCAAAGGGUUUCUAUUAAUUCUGUACCAUAGUUAGUUCUACUUGGGUUUAUUACAUUUAAUGAAGAUAUUGAAGACAUGACAUGAUAAAACAUCAACUUAUUCCUUCCUAUUACAGAUAUGAGUAGCAAUGAUGCAUAAGAGCACAAUACAACUGCAGCAUCCCCCACCCCCACCCCUAAUCUCUGAACUUCCUGUCUGUAGCUGGCUGUCAGUGAGGCGAAAUGUCAACAGAGAUGCAGGAGACUCAGUGCAACACUUUCUAGCCUUGAGUGUAAUAAUAACCCAGACAUGUCAAAUUGGCUGCGUGCUGGACCGUAACAGCAUGUUGCCCCUCUGAUGGUAUCAACGAUAUCAGGUUUUCAUCUUAUUCUGAAAAGCAUACUGCGAACAAUUGUUUUUUGUUUUAGUCACAGUAACCCAGCAGUAACAUGCAGCCGGAAUGUACCAGCACAAGCAGAUACUUUUGUAAGGUUGAUUAAAUGUAUUUCCACUUUGUCAAUAAAACCAUACUAAAAUAUCCCAAA